UUAAACAACAUGGCGGAACCCUGGAAUAAAGUAAACAUUCCGUAUCCAGGUGCCGCUUCAUCUUGUCGAAUCAGUUUUACCACCGAAACAGCCGCUGUAACGGAAGCUGUGCAUGUACAUUGUGGGCGCGUGCUGAAGCUCCUGGACAGCCACGUGCUGCACACAGAGACCCUCGUGCUCCAUAAGCUCCUGUAUGUCCUGCAGAACAAACUCAGACAGCACGCACCUUUCCGCGCCAUCAAGCAGGUAGAGCAAUGUGUAAAGCGACUGAAAGAAAUGAAAUUGCAUGGAGCCUUACAAGACCUGGAGGAACUAUGCCCAAAUGAAAUCCAGAGGAAUGUGGGACUGGAUUCGGGACAUUGUGACAUCCCCAGUCAGCCCAUGCUGGAAUGGUUUUGUCUUAAACUGUUAGGCGCCUCCAGCCUUCUGUGCCGAACCCUGGACCAGUGCACUAAGGCCUUCUCAUUGACAAGGCAGCAUCUUUAUUUGGCAGAGUUCAUCGUGCUCAACAUAGUGCUGGCCAGCAUGCUCAGUCGACUUUGGGUAUUUUUCAGAGGCAUCCUAAGAGCGUUGGUGCCUGUGUAUCAAAGCAUCAUGGUUCUGCUCCAAGAAGUAGUGCAAUGUCGACCCAUGGCCUUUCUCACUGAUUUCACUUUGCCUGAAGACAUGGCAGUGUUUCUGGGUUCCCCUUACUCCCAGAUGCUUAAGGAGAGCAGCAUAGCUGAGCCGUUAGGAACGAAGAAAACCACUAAACGCUCCAUUCUGGACCAGUUGUUUGAGGAGGGAAGUGAGGAACAAUUGCAAAAGGGGGAAGAAAAAGAGAGGGAGAUGAUGCAGAUGCUAGCCAGUGAGGAAAUGACCGCUAAUACUGAUCUGGGGAGGACUAUUUUACGUCAAGGUCCAUUUUGCUCUCGAUCCUCCUCAAUGUUGGACCUAAAGUCGAUGCUACAGCAAACCUCCAAACAGUAUACAGCUGAAGUGUUCAUUAAGAGACCAUCUCCUGGACAACCGAGUACUUCCAGUCUGUCUGCACUUGAGCAGAAGAGGAUGUUUUUGAAAAAGCUGAAGACAGCAUCCUCUGUUAAGGACACUGCUGCACUUAUUGAAGAGAUGAUGAGCUGGUGUAGUAGUUGUAAGCUGUAUAAGGAACACCACUAUCUUGCCUUCAUGCUCCUUAAGUCCCAGAGGAUAAAUGCCUUGGAGUGUACAGGGAUCAGUGUGCAGAAGAAACUGAGGAGGCUUAGGGUUAGUGUUCACCAUGUGAUGCGUAAAGGAAUUACAUUGGCAAGAUCUUCAAUUUUGCAUCAUCGAAGGACCAAAUGCUUCUUUAGAACACGGUUUAGUGCGCUUUUGAGAUGUAAUGGAAAUGCCAGGAGCAAAGUUGGAAAAGCUCGAAUGGACUCUAAAAUAGUCAAAGACCUUUUUAAUGUGUCUGCAAAAUCAUCACACAAAAGCCGAAAGCACACAGGACUUUCAUCUCUACAUAAAGAUGUCAUGUCAGGAAGCAAUGUCCUAUUCAGUCAGAAAGAAAGCAACAUGAAGACAAACAUCACAUCGUUGAAAUCUAGCAAUGUGCGCAAUGAUGAGAUUGAUAAUAUUUUUGCGUCCUUUGGCCUUUAGUGUUAUGAAUAUGGAGAUGCAUGAUUAAACUAAGACUAAUUAAAGGUUUUGGACUACA